GGCCGCCCGGCCUGCUGGAAUGAGGAGGGAGUUAAUAUGGCUGUCCACAGUUCAUCUGCCAGUGUAGUAGUAAGCUCGCCCUGCGCCGCUGACACGACGCGCAUAACAAACCCGUGGAGUUCGCAGCGUUUCGGAGCCGCUUGUCCCCUCCCCUCCAGACACAGACAACAACAUUCACGAUAAUAGGGGCGCGUCUCCGACACCGCCGCCGACCAAUAAGCCGCGUGUCUGGGCAGAGAGCGAGCGGCCGAGCGCACGCCGAGGCCCAAUCAGCGCUUUUGUGUUCACUGCCGGCGCCGGGGACUGCACGGGAAAGAGGUGCCGCACGCAGCGCUUCAGGAUCGGAGAGCGAGCCCGGAGCCAGAGCAACCUGAGGCGGAGAAGGCGAGUCAGGAUGGAGCGGAUGUCCGAGGAGGCGUUGAGGUUGAACUUGCUGAAGCGGGGUCUGGAAACGGCCGACGAGAGGGAGGAAGCGCUGGCCAAGCGCCUGAAAAUGGAGGGUCACGAGGCUAUGGAGCGACUGAAGAUGCUGGCGUUGCUCAAGCGCAAGGACCUCGCCGCUCUCGAAGGAGCCGCCAUGGCAGAAGGAAAAGGACCCGGGAUCAGCCAGGGGCUGAUGGGCGCUUCGGCGAUAUACGAGGAGAAGCUGAACGGGAGUCUGAGGAGCACGGGUCAUGGAGGACCCAGCAAGAACGGGAAAGAGAACAUGAUGGACGAACCGGUGGACAUGAGCGCCAAGAGAAGCGGUGUGGAGCGAGAGAGGUGUACUCCAUCUCCAGAUGUGAUUAUCUUGUCAGAUAAUGAAGCGUCAAGCCCGAGGAGCACUCCGCACCCAGAGGAGCGCCGCCAUCACCCUAACCUAGACAUGUUCAAGGGGAAGACGGGUGAGGAGAGGCAACAGAUGAUCAAAGCCCUACGUGAGGAGCUGAGGCUGGAGGAGGCCAGGCUCGUGCUGCUGAAGAAGCUGAGACAAAGCCAGAUGCAGAAAGAGAACGUCGUACAGAAGGUUCCAGUCGUCCAGAAUCCCCCCUCCACCGUGCAGCCUUCCACCAUCCACAGUUCACAGGGGCUGACCAAACUGCCUGUGCGGCCCGGCAUGCACACCUCCGAGCCCCAGAACCUCCGCACAGCCCAGGGCCACACGGUGAUCAGGUCUGCAGCCAGUGCCUCCCUGCCCCCCAUGAUGAUGUCUCAGCGAGUGAUCGCUCCUAACCCAGCCCAGCUGCAGGGACAGAGAUUGCCCUCUAAGCCUGGCAUGGGCCGACCCUCUACAGGAAGCAUGAGCAAUGCAAUCAAUUACCAGCAGGCUGCUAGUCAACAGGUGGCGGCCUCACAGCGUUCCGGCUCCUCGGCGGCCAUCUACAUGAACCUGGCUCACAUGCAGGCAGCCGGGGCAGCAGGUGUGCCAGGCGUCGGGGUGGGCGUGAGUGCAGUUAGCCCCUCCGCACUUCCCGGCAGCUCCAGCGUGGGCUCAGUGGGCAGUUUGAGCGAUCAGGCCAGCAGCCAGGCAGCCGCCAAGCUGGCAUUGCGCAAGCAGCUGGAGAAAACACUGCUGGAGAUCCCUCCACCCAAACCUCCCGCACCCCUGCUCCACUUCCUACCUUCUGCCGCCAACAGCGAGUUCAUCUACAUGGUGGGACUGGAGGAGGUGGUUCAGAGUGUCCUCGACAGCCAGGGUAAAAUAAGGGGUUCCCUUUCGCGCAUGGAGCCGUUCUUCUGCGCCCAGUGCAGGACCGACUUCACCCCCCACUGGAAGCAGGAGAAAAGCGGUCGCAUCCUGUGCGAGCAGUGCAUGACCUCCAACCAGAAGAAGGCCCUAAAGGCUGAACACACCAACCGUCUGAAAAACGCCUUCGUCAAAGCCCUGCAACAGGAGCAGGAAAUCGAGCAGAGGCUUCAGCAGCAGGCGGCUCUGUCCCCGAGCGCAGCUCAGACCGUCCCCAGCGUCAGCAAGGCUGAGAGCAUGAUCCGACACCACGCCCUCCGACAGGCUCCGCAACCACAGGCGGCCCUUGCGCGGGGUCUAUCCGGCUUCGCCCAGGCGUCGCAGCUCUCGGUGGCCAGCGGCCUGUUGGGUAUGACCAGCAAACGCUGCGGAGGAGGCGGCAGUCGGUCGCAGCAUGAGAGCCGCCGACAGAUUUACAACAUCCCAGGCUUGAAUAUCGCCUAUUUGAACCCAGGAGGCCACAAGGCAUCGAGCCUGGCGGACCGGCAGAGGGAGUAUCUGCUAGACAUGAUCCCCCCACGCUCCAUAUCUCAAUCCAUCACUGGCCAGAAAUGAGCUCUUACACACACUCACUCACACACACACACACACACACACACCCACACUGCAACCAUCACCCCUGUCGCAUGCAGUGCCUGUCCGUGUGCCUACCCAACUAACCCAUGAGAAUAACUCGGCCCAGACGAACACCAGACUGUCUAGACUUCCAUUUCCUUAUUAUAACAAGGCUCUUUAUUUCUUGCUAUUGCUCUGUCAGUUAUCACCUUUAUUAUUAUUAAUAUUAUUAUUAAUAUCAUUAUUGCUUGUGUUACAGGUAUUCUUAUGUUUAUUCGUAGUUUUAGUGACUUGUGGAUUUUUUUUGUUUUGUUUUUGUUUCGUUUAUCUGUUUGACAUUUUUAUUUAUUUCUCUCUCAAGGAAGGGGCUAGAUUUCAGGGUUACUUGAAAAUGAAAACGUGUUGCUCUUAUUUUCCUCCUUAGCUUCCUCCCUUUUGCACCCUGUACAAUGAUGAGAGGUUGCUCUCGCAUAACAAAAGCCCUUUUAUUGUUGUUAUUAUUAUUAUUAUUAUUAUUAUUAUGAUUAUAAUGUAUCCCACAUUGAAGCUUUGGGAAAGAGGACAGUUCUCCUAUGCCAUGUGAUGAUUUAAAAAAUAAAUAAAUAAUUGUAGCAAACACACACAUUUCAAAAAGGAAAGAGCCCCGGGGGAGACUGCGUCUGGCGGAACGACUGACUUUUCCAGAAAACCAAUCCUUAUGCACUGAGACGCUGACGGCUGUUCUGCCUUGAGAAGGCAACGUGAUACAAGAACACUAGGUGCCGUGUGCAGAAUUAUCGAAGGAAGUUUUGGUAAAAAAAAAAAAAAAAAAAACUACACCGCAGAAGGACGGCUGAAAAAAGAAAAAAAAGAGCAACAAUGAUGAUCAAGCUAAAAAAAAAAAAAGAAAAAAGGCUAUGUUGUGCAAGAAAUUUCAAGUCCCGGAUUAGUGCAUCUUCUGCAUCCCAUCAACGCCUUUAUUUCUGCGACAUCGAUGCCGCAUGGAGAGGACGUCUCUUUUCGAAGUGCCAUGAAAAACACGUAUGGAGAUCCACAAGCGAGCAUCCUAAUGAACCUUAAUUCCCUUCGUCUUUGGUCUUAAUCCUUCUUCAGCAUCCUUAAUGUUUUAUUUUCCCCUUCUACGGCGGCGUCUCCCGCCGCAACGGUGACGUAUCUGAGAGGUACACGCCACGGGAGACGAUAAUCAUCAAAAUGUUAAAUGGACUAAUAAACUAUUCAAAUCUCUAUCUGAUUUAUGUACAGAUUCCUAACGUGAGAUAAGAGUCGGAAGAGGGAAAGAUGGAGGUCGUAUAUCUAUAAUAGCGUAGGCAAGGAUCAAUCACAGUGACGAGGCAGCUCAUGCUCGAGAUGCCUUUUCCUCCAGGAGCACUUUUUAUUUUUUUAAAUUGAGAACUGAAAAAAAGAAAAUGAAAAAAAAUGGUUAGAAAGAGGACAAGAGUGUUGCAGCUCCAAGGCUCUCGAGGAGGUAUAGAUGUCACCAGAGCGUCUCGGAGAGAGAGAGAGCGCGUGAGAGAGAGCGUGUCGUGAAUCUCGCAGCAUCGGUUCAUUUCCGUUGUUGAUCCGGUCGGUGCCUCGGGUCCACCGGUACAUUUCUGUAACGUUUUCUAAACGUCCACAUUUCAGGCCAGGAUACAAACAGGGCAGUAUGGCAGAUGUUGCACAAGGUGGCAGCACUCGCAGUGUUUGGUCAGUAUGCAGUAUUAGACUCUCCUGUAAGUUUCACAAUGAGACGAACAACACUUUUUUUUUUUUUUUUUUUUCUCCUUCAGUUUUUUGGUGCUACAAGCUGCAAGUCCUUUUCUUAUUCUGCUAACGAAUUACCCCUUGAUCAACUCCCAUCACUGCUUUAUCCAAGCAAUUCGUGUAAAUUGUUCAGCGCAAUAGAAAUGGGUCACAAAGACAAAAAAAAAGCGUUUGUGUUGCGCUUCAGCAGUUUGGUCUGGCGUAGAAGGGUCUCUGCAAAUCAACACACAGCUUAGAAAUAUUUCUACCCUGAUGUUGGAAGAGUGCUCUCUUCACAAGGGCUCAUUGAUGAAAUGUAGACCAUGAUAUGCCUUUCAGUUUCACCAGAUCUCAACCCAAAUCAACACCUCUGGACUCGCACCACCACACCACCACCAUCAUCAUCAUUAGGAAGCCAAUUACGGGAAUAUCUUUCAAUAUCAAUAGGUCAGUACAGUACAGUUCCAUAGCCUGGUGCAUCGAAUUGUCUGGUCUCAGCAACUUUCUAAAGGUCUUUGUCUGGGCGGCAGUGGAUCUGGAGCUGGGUGCGUGAGAUUUGAGUACACCCUGAAUAGGAUGCCAUUUUAAAUUUAUUAUUAUAAUUUUUUUAAUUUGUCACCGGUUCUCUUGAUCAUUUCAAAUGGAAAUAAAUUGUUGGCACACUGCAAGAAUUUGUGUAGUUCCAUUAACAAGCACUGAAAUCAUGUGUUACAUACGAGCAGUUUGUCAAAAAGUGCUGCUUUUUACGUUUUUUUUUGUUUGUUUGUUUGUUUUGUAAGAGAAAUCAAUCAAGUGCACCAAUGUGUGUUUUUUAUGUUUUGUAAAACCAUUGUUUUAAAAGCCUAUGUGAAAUAUUCUUGCUCGGGAAAGAAAGAUGCAACUUUAAAACAAAACAAAAAGUCAUUAGCUGUGUCUCAGAUUGCAUACUCGUGCGCCACUUUUUUCUUUUUCUUUUCCUCCUACUGAGAAACUCCAACAUGACCUGAUUUUGUGUCGCCGAACAAAUGAAGCACGGACAAUUUUUUUGCACUAACCUUGUCCCAUCAUGCUCCACAGAACAAAGGGGAGGGGCUCGCAGCAGAUAUCUGCGUCCGCAGUGCCGUUUUAAACAUUCCCAAACUUUUACAUUUAUUGAAAAUAAACAAAAAAAUCAAAAAUACCGAACGUAGCACAGUAAAUGUUAGCUAGCUAACAUCAGGUAGCACUGAAUCCCGAUCUGGCACUAUUGUUUAAUAUAACUGUGUGUUAUUAUUAAUGUCAAUUUCCCUUAAUUAUUUGAAUCUAUUGAGUCUUUCAUGUCCGAACGGUCAAAGAUUGUGACGUGAGCUAUUUACACAGCUAUUUAAAACUACCUUGACUUUGAUUCACAGGUGCAAUAUUAAAUGAUAAAAAGUUUACGCUUAAGAGAUUUUCUUAGUUUUUCGGUUUCAUCUGACGUCUUCGAAGGCGUAUGAUCUUCUGCCCCUCUGAUUUAAGUGUCCUGUAGGCUGAGCUGUGUAGAGUCCGUCUCCUUUCUCUCUGCUAAUCUUUCUGCCAGACUGUAAUGGAUGCAUCCGUAUUUGUUUCUAGAGAUCUACCAGUCGGAAUUUGAAACGUCGUUUUCUAAGGUUUUAACAAGAAGAUUUCUUUCGAUUCCUUUGGGGUUUUUUUUGUUUGUUUGUUUGUUUUGUUUUAAUUCGAUUUCUUUAUUUAAUUUGUGAACUUUCAUACAAAAACCUACAUGUAAUCAAAAAAAACACAAACAAAAAAAAAACUAUGAGAUGGCAACACAAUAUUUACUAGGUCAUAAGUAAUAAUGACUUAUUGUACAUACGCUUUUUUUUUCUCCUUUUGAAUUAAAAAAAUGAAAUUAAAAUGGUUGUAUAUUGUGUAGAAACGCAAGCAAAAAGCCAUGAAUAUUGUGAAGCUUGUCAUUUCGUUUAGUGAUCACUGUGUAUUAUUGUGUAACAAAUGUGCAAAAUGUAUGGGAUUAUACUUCUCUUGUUUUGUUUUAUGUUUUGUUUUUUUGUUUGUUUGUUUUUUAGCUCUCUUUGAUGCAUUUUUCUCCCAGCCUGUAUGUUUUUGUAGUAUGUAGUAUUUGCAAAAGAAAAAAAAAAUUAUAUAUUUCCCGGUGGAGCAUUUGAUCCAUUCUCCAGCCUUUGGACAAGGACAUAAUGGGAUAAUCUUGUAUAUGUUACUUUUGUGUGUGUGUGUGUGUGUGUGUGUGUGUGUGUGUGUGUUGCUUUUUUUUUUUUUUUUUUUUUUUUUGGUCAAUAACAUUGAAGUUAAACCAACGUUUGGUGAAUGCAUCGGUUUCUCCUGCUAUUCCGUGCAAAGUGUCGGCCUCACGUCUGCGCAGUGGAUCGGACACUUGACAGUAUUACCCCAAACCUGACCAAAACCCAAAGCACUCAGCUGUAGAUACGACACAAGACAAUGCACACUUCAUUUCCCCUGCGUUCAGAUACAGGGUGUCCUUUACACAUUUGGGAGACAAUGUAAAUCCUCAUUUUCUACUUCUCAUGCUCUACCAUCUUAUUUCAUUAUGCCUUUUAUUCAUGUCUUUCCCCGAGUAGGGGAUUUUUUGCAAUGCUCUUAAUUUUCCAUGGAAGAAUUGUAUACGUUGUAUACGUCUGCAGGUUAAGGAAAAUGCUUGCCUUUGACUGUUCUAUCGCUUAUUGUUUUCAGUUCGGUAAAUUUUUAAGACGAAAAGAGUUAAGACGACAAUUUUGCACACUUUCAAGUAUUAUUAAGAGUGUGACCUCCUUUCAGUUCAUAGACUAACUGUCCGUGAUUCCUUGAUUGGACAAUCAGCUUUUCUGGAGACGAGCAUUUUAGUGCUCGGGUUUCCGUCUUUUCACCGCGUAUUGUCUCUCAAGUACUCAGAUCAUUGUUUUAUUUCUUUCUUUGUCCCUGUUUUUUUUCCCUUCUUUAUUUUGUUUUUGUUGCAAAGUGCAAGUCACAUUUGAUGACGUGUGGGAGAAAAGCGGCUUUUUAUUUUUAUUUGAUUAGAUUUUUUUUUUAUAUAAUUUCUUUUUUUACAGAUUCUGCUGCAGUUCCACCAGUUUAAAUACUCAGAACACUUGGCAAUAUGUAUAUCUGUUUUGUUUUAAAAAAUAAAACAAUUAAAAAAAAAAUCUUAAGUUUGAAAAACUAGUGUAUGAACAACUGGGGAUUAGCUUUAACAGUAAUGAAUUUCAGAUCAAGGCUAAAAAUGUGCUUUUUGUCAAGUUUUUACUUUUUAUUUGGAACAUUUAAUCCAGACCUUUUGCACAUCCUUGAUAUUUAACUGUCUAAAAAAAAUGAAGCUGAAAAAAAAAUGCUGUUUGAUUACUGCCGAUUGAUUAACAAUUAUGCGUUGACUGAAAAAAAAAUAUAUAAGCUAAUUUUGGAGGAAAUAACUUUGUAAUAUUUAUCUCUUGCAAGCUAUGUUUAAUAAAGGAUGGAA